AUGGGUGGUGCAAGUCGUGAAGGCGGCAAAGUCAAGCCACUGAAGGCACCCAAGAAGGAGAAGAAAGACAUGGAUGAAGAUGAAAUCGCAUUCAAGGCCAAGAAGCAAGCCGACGAUAAAGCCCGCAAAGAGAUGGCUGACAAGGCCAAGGGAAAAGGACCACUAAACGCCGGCCAGCAGGGCAUCAAGAAGAGCGGAAAGAAAUAG